UGGUUAUUUUUCUUCCAGUGUGGACAGGGAUAUUCUACGGGAAAAACAACGUCGAGAACGAGCUCAGCUGGUGGAACAGAACAUGUUGGCAAAAGAAACUUUUUCUCAACCAAUUUUUGGAGCUCCUGUUAAGAUUGAUCCGAAUAACGAAGAUGAAACUUCACGUCGCAUCAAGAAAGCUCUAGGAGACUUCACCCAUGUUCAGCAGUAUCUCAUACAAGAUCCUAAACACCUGAUUGGUAUAUCGCAGUCAGUGACGGCAUCCCAACCUCUCCUUGACCCUAACACAGCUUCCUCCAAUAUUGAUGCUCAUCUGCAAACUAAUGCUCCCAAAGCUAGUAUUAAUGAAACAGGGAUAGACUCUUCUUUUGUGAAAACAACUGUUGACAACAGCUAUGUUGAAAGUGUUCCAAAAGAACCUCGAACUUUCAAUGGUCAACACAAAGUUGAUAGCACUUCAGGUGCUCUUCAACAAAAGUCUCCAAAUUCGGUUAAGUUCAAUGCACAUUCUAAAGAAAUCACUGUAAAAGUAGAGGAAGUUGGAAAGAAUUCUCAACUACAACCUUCUCCUCAUGUUCCCAGUAAGGUUGUAACAACACCUCCAGCUCCCUGUGUUCCAGUCAACAGGGUAGAAGAGGAUUACAAGGAGAGAACAAGUAAUGAACACACUACCUCACUGCAAGUUAAAAAUAAACCCUUUCACGAAAGUUCUGUUUCAAAUGGAAAUUGCCACUUACCAAAAUAUAGAAACAAGUCCAACAGAGAUCACAAGAAAGUUAACUUAUCUCACUUACAGGGGAAGUCUUGUGAUGGAAAUCAUGGAGAAGUAGAACACAUACUGAAGGAAAUGAAACAAACACUGCCUCCACCUCUCAGUGCUAUAGAGACACCACGGAAAGAAGAAUCCCAGUAUCGCUUCUUUCCCAGCAAGGAAAAACUGGAACUGGGAUCUAGAGAAGUCUCGGGUACUGAGGUAAAAG